UUUUGCAGCCUUCCCCAAUUAGCUCUUGUUUAAAAUAUGGAUGAUCGACUGCUGAAUCUUUAUUGUUGUUUUUGGUAUUUUAUUUAUUUAAAUUUUUUCGUGGCUAGUCUGAUAGGAUGUCCUUAAAAUUUGUAGUAUUUUAGGCUGCAGAUUGGAGUAGUGCUACUUCCCUUUAUGAACAGGCUGCUAAUCGAUUUAGAGUUGCCAAGGAUUAUGAGAGAUCAAAAGCAGCAUAUGAGAAAGCUUCCAAGGGACAAGAGAUGCUUGCUUCCCCCUGGGAUGCAGCUAAGCACAUGGAAUCAGCUGCUAAUAUGGCAAAGGAACUCAGAAACUGGAGAGAAGUUGUGAGCUUCUCUUGAAGGGCGUCGGAAUUGUACAUUGAGUGUGGGAGGCCACAACCUGCAUCAGAUGCUCUUGCAAAGGGAGCCCGUGCUUUGGAAGAAACCAUGCCUGAAGAAGCUAUUCAGCUAUAUACUGAUGCCAUUACAAUUCUUGAGGAAGAUGGAGGAGGACAAAUGGCCUUUGAUCUGUAUCGUUCUGCUACUGCUGUUUAUAUAAAACUUGAGAAGUAUUUGGACGCUGCGCCUCUCCAAUUGAAGUUCGGCUUAGCAGCUUCCAAGUGUAAUGCUACCAAUAGCCAGUGCAAGGCAUAUCUCAGUGCAAUUAUUAUUUACCUUUAUACUAAUGACUACAAGCAAGCAGAGAUGUGUUAUAAUGACUGCUCUCAGAUUGAUGCUUUUUGCAAAAGUGACCAGAAUCGCUGUGCUAGCAAUCUCCUUGCUGCAUACUCAGAUGGAGACAUUGAAGAAAUCAAACGUAUCGCCCAAUCAAGCAGCAUUUCAAAUCUUGACCACUCGCAGAGAGCUGGAGAUAGCGAGUUCAGAAAGGAGAAGAAAUGUUGCUUUGACUUCGAGCAGACACGGAAGAGAGACAUGGCGAGAUCGCCCAUCAGCGGCGGCGAGAUACGGCGAGACACGGGGAGAAGUAGAGUCGCAAUGACGGCGCACAGUGAGGAGCAGAGAACCAUCAACGGCUCACGGCAAGGAUUAGAGAACGAGCGACCGCAAAUGGAGAAGAACAAAGAACGAGUGACGGUGGUAGAAGGAGGUAAGAACCCUAGCAGAGGCAAAUGUCUCCUCUUUAAAACUCUGAUUAAAAAUGAAAAGGAAGAAAGUGUAAAAAACAUAAAUAGAGAGGUAAAUGUCAAAUUAUGAAUUCUUUCAAAAACAAAAAAAUGGGGUUCUUUUUAUAAAUAUUUUUAAGAUGGUUAACGAUACUCCCACAUAAAAGUGGGAGUAAGGAAUCCAUAGCCCUCUAUUUAUGCUUUUUACACUUUCUUCCUUUUCAUUUUUAAUCAGGGUUUUAAAGAGGAGACAUUUGUCUCUGCUAGGGUUCUUACCUCCUUCUACCACCGUCACUCGUUCUUUGUUCUUUUCCAUUUGCGGUCGCUCGUUCUCUAAUCCUUGCCGUGAGCCGUUGCUGGUUCUCUUCUCCUCCCUGUGCGCCGUCGUUGCGACUCUACUUCUCCCGUGUCUCGUCGUAUCUCGCCGCCACUGAUGGGGUAUAAUAGCAAUGAAGUGCUGUAAUGAUGGGGUAUAAUAGCAAUGAAGUGCUGUAAUAAGGUAGUGAUUGCCAAGAAGAGUUCACACAGCUGGCAAAGACUCGAAAUUCAUCCCAAAAAGACAUCGGGUGGAGUGAGGGGCUCAUUCGGUAGUGUUAGUGAUUGCUAAUUCAUUGUUGGUGUUUCAGCUUGGGCACCUCUUGAUGCUGCAGGAACCUCUUCAUCUAUUUCUCAGCCAAUUUGAUUUCAUUUCUUUGUUUCUAUACACACAAAGGGGAGGUAACAUUCUUUAAUUUGUCUAGGUAGGGGGAUCAAACACCAAAGAAAUUUGUUAUUAUUAUUCUUUCAUUCUUUGUUGCAGAUAACAUUUCUUUCUUGUGCUUUCGUAAGAAGAAUGAAUAUUCUCAUAGAAAAUUUUCAAGCACUAAUGAUACAGUAUUGGGGAAAAUGAAGAAAGACUACAUGCUAUAUGGAGGGAAGGGCAUUACCAGAAAUUAUCCUAGUUAAAUGUCUAUACGAAUGCUAAAGAUUGUCAUAUAUGCUGUUAAGUUAAUGCAUGGUGCAUUAGAACCUUUGUUAAUUUUUUUUUUUGAAAGUUGUAUUCAAUUAGAACAAUAAUGAAAGAGUUCCCAAAAUGAGUUUUGGUUAUUCUUGAAGAAAUUGAAGACAAAAAUUUGAGGUUAUUUGAGGUGAAAUAGAUAA